AAUAAUUAUAAGUAAGAAAAAAAAGAAAAGAAAUUGGAAGCACUGCUCUUCAAAUAAAAGUCUCAAUCAUUUUUUCACAUCGAUUUUUCUCCAAUCAUCUUCAACCUCUCUCUAUCUCUCUCCCUUCUUUUUCUGUCACUCAACUACACCACCAAAAUGGAAGACUUCUGGAAGAGAGCCAAAUCAUUCGCCGAAGAAGCGGCAAAGAAAUCGCAAUCUAUAACCACUUCCUCCGCCACAUCUAGAAUCGCCGAUCUCGUCUCCGAAACCACCAAGAAAUCAAAAGAACUCGCCGCCGAAGCUUCAAAGAAAGCUGAAGAAAUCAAAACCGCUGCAAUCCGUCAAGCUGAUCAGAUCAAGUCUUUCUCCGAUAACAUUUCCAUUCCUCCUCAAUUCUCCGCAAUUGCCGCCGCUGCUACCGCAGCUACCACAACUGCCACUUCUACCGCACUUCCUUCUGCUCCUCAGGAAGAAGAUUUAGAGAGAUUCGGCGUCACCGAUGAUCUCAGAUCCUUCGUUCAGGGUCUCACUUCUACCACCUUCAAACACUUUCCUGUCAAUUCCGAUGAAUCUGAAUCUGAGGGUUCUGAUGUGCCAACUUCGGCCUCUAAUGUUCGAAAGGAUCUCAAUGAGUUUCAGGAGAAGCAUGCCACUCUUGUUUUAACUACUGUUAAGGAAAUUUCAAGGUUGAGAUAUGAACUAUGCCCACGUGCUAUGAAGGAAAGACACUUUUGGAAGAUAUAUUUCACACUUGUCAACACUCAUGUGGCUCCGUAUGAAAAUCAAUAUAUGGAGAAGCUGAGAGAAGCAGCAAAGAAGAGUGAAGAUCCUAAGCUAGAGCAAACUGAUAUUAGUGGAGGAAGUGGAAAGGCCGAAGUAACCGGGAAGAUUGUGAAGAGUAAAUCUUCUAAUUCAUCCUCUACUGAGCAAGACUUGGAUACAUUUCUUCUUGGAGAUCUUGAAGACAGUGAUGAAGCUCCAGAUGAUGGUGAGGGUAGCUUUGAUGAUGAUUUUGACAAGAUUGGCAAUUCUGAUGUUGAAGAUGAGAAGCAUGCAAAGAAAACAUCUGCUGCAACAGUAUAGGUUGCUAAUUUACUUUGUUUUAGACUAUAGUGAAAAUGAAGUUUGCUGCUUGCAACUAGCCGAGAUAUCUGUCAGAGACGAAUGGUUGUAGCUGUCUCGAGUUUAAGAUCGGUGGCUGUGGCACUAUGUAGAUUUGGUGAACUGGUGGAGAAAGCUUAUGCAAUUCGUUAUUGUUUAUUUGUUGACCGUACCUAUAUAGUGGCGGAUUGGCUCAUUAGAUAAGAUAUUGAUGAACCCGGGCGCUUUGCCUUGUACAGUUGACAUAUUUGUUGAUGUUAUUAGUAUUACUAAAUUCUUAUAUGA